GGGGCGGUCCAAGUCUUCCGUGUGCCACUGCCGCCGCUUCAGCCUCGCUGCUCCUGCCAGUGCGGGGCUGCAUUGCCGGCGUUAGCGGCGCGAGGGGAAGGGGGGGGACCGACAGAGCGUGCGUGCGCGGGGGUUCCCGCAGACCCAGCAGUUCCUCUCGCGGAGUGGACGGCGGGGGUCAGCAGCAGUCGAGGGAGGCCAUAGACGGCGCCAUGUCGGCGGGCGGCCCAUGCCCGGCAGGAGCCGGAGGGGGCCCAGGGGGCGCCUCCUGCGCGGUGGGGAUCUCCCCCGGCGGGGUAUCCAUGUUCCGGUGGCUGGAGGUGCUGGAGAAGGAGUUCGACAAGGCCUUCGUGGAUGUGGAUCUGCUCCUGGGCGAGAUCGAUCCGGACCAGGCGGACAUCACUUAUGAGGGGAGACAGAAGAUGACCAGCCUGAGCUCCUGCUUUGCGCAGCUUUGCCAUAAAGCCCAGACUGUGUCCCAAAUCAAUCACAAGUUAGAGGCACAGUUGGUGGAUCUGAAAUCUGAACUGACAGAGACCCAAGCAGAGAAAGUUGUAUUGGAGAAAGAAGUCCAUGAUCAGCUUUUACAGUUGCACUCUAUUCAGCUUCAGCUCCAUGCUAAAACUGGUCAAAGUGUUGACUCUGGUACUAUCAAGGCAAAAUUGUCUGUCCCCUCUAUGGAGGAGCUGGAGAGAGAGCUUGAAGCAAACAAAAAAGAGAAAAUGAAAGAAGCUCAACUUGAAGCUGAAGUGAAGUUGUUGAGAAAAGAGAACGAAGCCCUUCGUAGACAUAUAGCUGUUCUCCAGGCUGAAGUUUAUGGGGCAAGACUGGCUGCCAAGUACUUGGAUAAGGAACUGGCAGGAAGGGUCCAACAAAUACAAUUACUAGGACGAGAUAUGAAGGGACCUGCUCAUGAUAAGCUUUGGAACCAGUUGGAAGCUGAAAUACACUUGCAUCGCCACAAAACCGUUAUCAGAGCCUGUAGAGGACGGAACGACCUGAAACGACCGAUGCAUGCGCCUCCAGGCCACGAUCAAGAUUCUUUGAAGAAAAGCCAAGGUGUUGGUCCAAUUAGAAAAGUUCUCCUCCUUAAGGAAGAUCAUGAAGGCCUUGGCAUUUCAAUUACAGGUGGAAAGGAGCAUGGUGUUCCAAUCCUCAUUUCUGAGAUCCACCCAGGGCAACCAGCUGACAGAUGUGGAGGGCUACACGUUGGAGAUGCCAUUCUGGCUGUUAAUGGAGUUAACCUAAGGGACACAAAGCAUAAAGAAGCUGUAACCAUUCUUUCCCAGCAGAGAGGAGAGAUUGAAUUUGAAGUAGUUUAUGUGGCUCCUGAAGUGGAUUCUGAUGAUGAAAAUGUAGAGUAUGAAGAUGAGAGUGGACAUCGUUACCGUUUGUACCUUGAUGAGUUAGAGGGAAGUAGUAAUCCUGGUGCUAGUUGCAAAGACACAAGUGGGGAACUCAAAGUGUUACAAGGAUUUAAUAAGAAGGCAGUAACUGAUGGACAUGAAAACGGAGACCUAGGAACUUCCAGUGAAACUCCAUUAGAAGACAGUGCUUCUAAAUUAGAUGAUCUGCACAGCCUAUAUCAUAAAAAAUCUUAUUAAAUCGACUGUAUCCCCAGACAGGAUGAUUAAUCAGACUAUUCUGAAUUUGGGGCACUAGGGAAGAUGGUGACAAAGACUGUACAAGAUGACGGGAGGCUGUUUGUUGCCUAAAUGAAAGGCGGGUACCUCAGGGCUUCAUGUGAACAAUUCUAAAUGCAUAAAACUCCCUGUUCUCUGUGGUAUACCUAAAUUAGUUCUUGCAUGUAAAGCAAUUUUGAUUUCUUAAAAUGGUAAAGCACACCAAAGCAUGUGUUUCCCAAAAGGAUAUUACUAGGCUCUUAAGUACCAAAUGAAGCACUGCUGCUUUAUUUGGUUCCUUUUCCAUUUAGUAGAAGGACAGUGCUAACUGGAAUUUUUUAAAGAAAUAGCCUUUAAAUAUAAGAGAAUAAAUGAAUUCACAUUAUAUAUUCCAGAAUGUCAAGUGUGGUGUUUCAGAGGAUGGAGCUUGACACCAUGAAUUGAAGAAGUGUAGGCUUCAUUUAAAUUUUUUUAACUGACAGAAUGGUUUCAGUGUUGUUUUUUUUUAAUUUAUCGUGCUUCCUGAUAUCUAAAUCAGUUCUUAAUGAUCAUUUAUUGUAAUGAGUUUGCCGUUCAGCUUUAUUCAUGCAGUACGAAAUAGUUUUCUUUAAGCAAUCCUUAUAUCAAUCAAGGCUGCAUUAGAAGUAGUUUCAGGAAAGUUAUUGUACAUUGAACUUCUCUCGUUUUUAAAAGAAAUGCAAAUAAGUGUAAAGUAUCUGUUCGUAAUUAUGUUGCUCUGUGUGCAUGGUGUUGGAGCAAUACAUUACUAAUGUUCAGUCACAAGUGCUUUUAUUCUAGGAUCCACAAAAGACAGUUUUGUACAUUUUGAGUUGUUCAUGUUUGUCUUGUGAUAGUCAUGGCACUUAAAGAUACAUUCUUCUGGUGGUGAAAGCUCAGAUUUAUUACGAUGUCCAUGAAAUACAUCUAAUUCAAACAGCAGUUCUCUCUCAAAGUAAACCGAUGUGCCAGUCAUCUAAAAAGCUGAGGCACUGGUGGGUAAGAUAAGGUGAACACGUUUUGAUACGGUAUCAUUUUGGAUGGCUUUUCAAGUCAGUGUAUGUUUGACUAAAGUGCUUUUCAUAUGCAAACUAGAUUUGCUACUUCUCCUAUCCCAGGAUUAAGCAUGUAGUGCCUGCUCUCUCUUACUUUCAUUCUGCAGGCCACUGUACAUUGUGGGGAAAGUGAAAACAUUGCAUUUAAAGAGGUGAUUGCUUUUUCAGUAUCACUGUUUCAAAGGAUGUACAUUUAGGGAAUAUUACUUGGGGGAAAGCCUAUGAGGCUUUUAGAAUAUUAUCAGUAUCUCAUUUCUAAUACUCAAAUGUUAUGUGAUGUAAAACACAUUCUCUUGUCUUUCCUAGAUGCACUAUAUAUUUGUUCAUAGGUAAAUCUAUAAAAUGUAUAUACUUUAUUUGAUGGUUUUGGUAUUUAUAAAUUUUAUGUUUUAACUAUUGCUCAUUUAUAGUUUGUUUUGGGUGGUUUUAUUCAUCUGUAUAUCACCAUGUUAAUUUGUAAUAGAAAUGCACUUCAUAGUAUAUGCAGUUACUGAUAUUAAAAUACCUUGUAGCAUAACGUUGCCUCUAAGCAAAAACUGGUAUUUAAUUAUACAGUUGAAUAAGCAAGCUCCAUGUUACUUGGCUCCUGACAGUCUAGGCCUCUUAAAAGAAAGAAAGUUUUCUCCUUAGGUAUUCCCCUACUCCAAACACAUACGCCAUGAAUGACAUGAGAUCUGCAGACUGGAUUUAAGCCAGUGUAUUUAUUCAUUUAGUCAAAAAAAAUUUGUUGUCUCAUAUCUGAAAACUAUUUUGUUGUGACUUGAAACCAUGUUAUUUUUAUCUUUUUUAAAACACAGCCUGGGAUGGUAUGGCCAUGGAAUUUUUUCAGAGACUGUCCUUUAUCUCCUAAGACUGAAUUCUUAGGAAAUAUUAGCUAAAACCUUUUUAUUUUCAAGAACUAUCUAAUAACAGGAUUUUUUUUAGAGCCUUGAAUUGGCAUAUCUAUGAGGACUCUGUGUAAUAUGAAUGAUUGAAUGAGAUGGUUAUGAUAUAAACACCUUUCUUGGGCUGAUAAGCAGAAUGAAAAAAUUUUCUGGGUAAUUUAAAAUUGCAAAGCUCAGUUCUCAUUUCAUUCCUGCUUCCCCUUGGUUUGCAAGCCUGUGUGAGAACACUUCUGCUCAGGUGCUGCUCUGAGAUUCCUGUCACAUGUUUAGAAAGUACGCAGUUAGAGGUUCAUUUUAUAACACAGUGUCUUUGGGGGAUGACCUUAGAAUUACAGGCUUUUUCCUAAGGACUGAAUGAGAAGCAAUUUUCAUGUUUUCACAUUUAUAGACAGGAAACUCAUAACAUGUUUCUAGGACAAAACCAAACAGAUAAGGAGAGAGCUGUUGCAAAGCCAUUACAAUUAAAGAGGAAAAAGAAAAAUAUACAAAUUCACAUACAAACAGAAUAGCUGGGAAAAAAAUUUUCAAGAGUGUUGUGUGUUAUGUGUGUAUAUAUUUGCAUUUAACCUCCAAAAUUCUCAGUGUCUGCUGUGAAUAUGAUGGCAGACAACCUUUGGGUUAUGAGACUUGUUAAAAAAGAUUUAAAAGAGAUGAGAAUUUGGUGAUCCUUGGUAAUAUGACUGAACAGUUAUCCCAGCUUAUCCUUGGUGCUGGUUCUACUCCCAGCACAGUGGACUUACUUUGUUUUCAUGUUUAAAAACAAAAUAUAUUAUUCAUGUGUAAAUUGCACAUUACCUGACAUCCUUAUUAUGUAAUCCCCUGUCCCACCUAUCCAGCCUUCCGUAUAGGGUCGGCCUUAAAUCUGUAGGAUUUAUGGCAAAUGUAUUAUAUAUAAUUGCAUUGAGUUUAAUAUUUUUUAUUACCCUGUAAAUGAAGAUGGCAUCUCCUACAUUAAAAUAGUAUUAAUCUUAUUUUUAAAAAUAAACAUUUUUAAAUUCUUUCAUGUUAAA